AUGAAGACAGUGGAAGCAGCUGCUCUCUGCCUGAUUGCAAUUGCACUUAUCACCGGCCAUAGCGCGCACGCUCUAAAAAUCUGGAGGCUACAACAAACUAGAAGGAGAGAGAGAGAGAGAGAGAGAGAGAGAAAAACGAGAAGAGGAGAAAAAAACGAGAAGAGGAGAAAAAAACGAGAAGAGGAGAAAAAAACGAGAAGAGGAGAAAAAAACGAGAAGAGGAGAAAAAAACGAGAAGAGGAGAAAAAAACGAGAAGAGGAGAAAAAAACGAGAAGAGGAGAAAAAAACGAGAAGAGGAGAAACGAGAAGAGGAGAAAAAAAACGAGAAGCGAGAAGAGGAGAAAAAAAACGAGAAGCGAGAAGAGGAGAAAAAAAACGAGAAGCGAGAAGAGGAGAAAAAAAACGAGAAGCGAGAAGAGGAGAAAAAAAACGAGAAGCGAGAAGAGGAGAAAAAAAACGAGAAGCGAGAAGAGGAGAAAAAAAACGAGAAGCGAGAAGAGGAGAAAAAAAACGAGAAGCGAGAAGAGGAGAAAAAAAACGAGAAGCGAGAAGAGGAGAAAAAAAACGAGAAGCGAGAAGAGGAGAAAAAAAACGAGAAGCGAGAAGAGGAGAAAAAAAACGAGAAGCGAGAAGAGGAGAAAAAAACGAGAAGCGAGAAGAGGAGAAAAAAACGAGAAGCGAGAAGAGGAGAAAAAAACGAGAAGCGAGAAGAGGAGAAAAAAACGAGAAGCGAGAAGAGGAGAAAAAAACGAGAAGCGAGAAGAGGAGAAAAAAACGAGAAGCGAGAAGAGGAGAAAAAAACGAGAAGCGAGAAGAGGAGAAAAAAACGAGAAGCGAGAAGAGGAGAAAAAAACGAGAAGCGAGAAGAGGAGAGAAAAACGAGAAGCGAGAAGAGGAGAGAAAAACGAGAAGCGAGAAGAGGAGAGAAAAACGAGAAGCGAGAAGAGGAGAGAAAAACGAGAAGCGAGAAGAGGAGAGAAAAACGAGAAGCGAGAAGAGGAGAGAAAAACGAGAAGCGAGAAGAGGAGAAAAACGAGAAGCGAGAAGAGGAGAAAAACAAGAAAGCGAUAGGCAGCUUUCACCUGAAGUUUGAACUGCAAUGA